AUGGAGGGACGCAGCUCCGAGGUGUUGUGCGACCUCGUGCUCACAGAUGCAGUUCUUCGGCUGACAGGCGCUCGUGUGGUCACCUUGCACGUCAAGGACGCCCCCGUAUUCGUCUCGGACGUCACCGAGUCCGACGUGCCCCAAAUCGUGGACUGGCUCGACGUGCACCAUGCGGCGCUCGCGGGCCGGCUGCGAGGUUGGAUGGCCGAAGGGCGGCUGCGCGUGUUCCAGAGCGCCUACUACACGUCGUGCAAGACCUUCUGGGACCUCCCUGGCGACGUGGAGGCUGCCUACAAGGACGCCGAGGUGGUCAUCCUGAAGGGCGACGCAAACUACCGCAGGCUUCUCGGGGACCUCCACUGGCCGUACGCGACCGACUUCGCCGAGUACGCGCGCAGCUUCUGGCCCUCGCCUGGCCUGGUGUGCCUACGGACGAUGAAGAGCGGGGUCGCGAUCGAUAUUUCCAAGUCUGCUCAGGCCGCCGCGAUGGCCGAGAGGCCCAAGGACUGGCUGACGAGCGGCGUGUUCGGACAGGUGCUUGCUGGCUGA